AUGCCCGGAAGACGCUCAUCCGCCGGCCGAGCUCGCGGCGCGCGCCGACAGAGCGCGUCCCAGAUCCAAUGGCGCCAAGCGUCCGCGACUCAAGUUGCGGAGACGGGAGGGCUUGAAGUAUCGGGGGGCAACGGCUAUAUCGACCCGCUUAAGGCUAUCGACAAACUCAAGAAACACGGGAAGGGACUGUGGGGGAUGCAGGCUGUCGUCGCGUUUGGAAUGUCUGCGAUCGCCGUCAUUACUGACGUCAGGUACGGCAUCACGUACUGGUACACCAACACGGCGGGUGGAGGAAAGCUACGUGAGAUGCAGUACGUCUGGGCGUUCUUCAAUACCAUGUGCGCCAUGUGCGGCGUUUGGGUAUACCUGCUCUGGAACGAGGCCGUUGUUGGCGUCCACCGAGAUCGAAGAGUUUUCAGACAGAAGGUGCACAUCUGGAUGUCAUACUUCACGUGGGCCUUCGGGUUAUGGACUACGGCGGUUGUGUUCGUGAGCUUCCAAACUUACUCUUUCUCCGCCAACUACCCGACGGAUCUCACUUGCGCCUUCUUUGGAGCCGUGCUGUGCUGCGCGUUGUCCGACGUGUGGGCGCUGGGAAAGCUCUGCUCGCUAGGGACGUACGCGGCAAGACUCGAAGAAGAGUGGCGGCUUGCCCCUCACGAACCGACGGCGCCUCUUGCCAUGGCCGAUCCACUGCAAGAACUUGAAGAAGCAACGCCAGAUAUGGACGAGAGGGGCUACAGGAAAAUAGAGCGAGAGAGGAGGAGGAGCAGCCUAGCCAAGGCGAAAGAGCGAAGAAAAUCUAAGGCCGAGAGAAGAGCGAGCGGCGGCGAAGGGGUCAUGCCGGAACAGCGGGCGGUACCAGGGCAGGACGACCCUGAGUUCGGCCUACAACAAGCUGUUCCCGGAGCGUCGUUUGGCUUUGCCGUGAGCGAGGACGAAGUAAUGAUGCCGCACGCGUUCGAGCGACUGUGGGGCGCGUUCGAGCCCCAGGGCGAGUUCCAAACCCACAUCACGCAAUCGGUACCACAGACGACGGUGGUUCGCCACCUCAACGACAGGGGUUUCCAGGUGGUGGCAGCGGGCACGGUGGACGGGUUGAUGCGAGUCCUAUUCUGCGCGAAAGAAGCCACCUCCAACGGAACCGGCGCCUGGUUCCUGGCCGAGCUGCUGCAGGAUGAGUCAGCCCUGACUCUGGAAGCCACCUUCAAGAGCAAGCGCCCCGCGGUCGUGCCCGGCUUCGUUCGUGCCUUCAUGCUCCACCACGUCUUCACGAUGGCCGCCGCGUGA